GCAGUGCUCCUCUACAGUCAAUAUCUGACAUCGAUGAGCGGUUAACCGGACGGCUGGAAACGGGGCAUGUAAUUCAGCAGUGCGAGUUCAUAGCCUGCAGCAGCGCGGACCAGCGUGACGGGUUUUGGAAAGACGACGAUGAGCAGGGUGUGGAUGUGCCGAUAGCUGGUAGCACGCUUACCUGUUCGUGUGGCGGUGGAGAUGGAGAAUACCGAGGAGUCCGCGACCCUCCGGAUCACCCCGACCGUCCGGGCGCUGAGCUCCGCACUGCGGGGGAAGCGUGACGAUGUCCCCGAUUCCAGUCAGCUGAACGGCGACCGGAUCUCCCCUGAACCGGAGAAGCUUUGGUUCAAGGAAAGCAGCGCUAAAAACCUACGUAACCGGGACUUCUUGUCUCCGACCACGAUGCUGAACACGCUGUAUGCGGACGGGCAGGUCCCUCCAGCAGUGAUGUCCAGGGUACUCUCCCUCCGUGGCAGUGGGAUUCUCCCCGUGGCCGGUGGGCAGGUAAUGGGUGAGGGGUUGAGGGUGAGGGUGGACCGGGCCGCAGCCUUCAAGGCUGUCCUGGCAGAGGGAGCCACGGAGUACCUGAAGCCCUCGGGUCAGAGGCAAGGCUGUGUGGUGCUCAACUGCCCUGCACUACACCCUAAACCCAACACACCCACUCCUGAUACAUUGACUCUGGGCCAGCUGAGGACCGUUCUGUUGGCAGACCACAUGGGGGCGCUCCUGAGAAGACAGGGAUUCGCAGUGUCCUAUUGCCCAACGCUUCCUGAAGACAGCGACAUCUUCACAUUCCUCCGAGCUCUGGGCAUUGAUUGGCCGACAGCCCCAGCCAACUGGACCAACGAGGAGCGGGAGGAGAAGAUACAGGAGGCUCUGGAGAACUCCCCGUAUAGAGAGAGGGAAACCGAGAGAGGCAGGAGGACCAGCGGUGGAGGAGGAGGAGGAGGAGGGAGGAGGAGGAGGAGGAGGAAGGCAGAGGAGGGGGAGAACGAGGAAGCUCUCAGGGUCAACCUGAAACGAGUGUUCCAGGAGGAGGGACUGCUGGGAUACGACCCCAGCCUUGGUACCUGCAUAGUACACAGAGACAGCGUUUCUCACCUGGCGCAACUGGACCUCGCCACUGCUGACUGCACAGUAGCCAUGGCAACAGCGUUACAUGUUACUUCCUGUCAGGACGAGUUCCGUCAGCAGCAAAUAGCAGUGCUGUGGAGAGCUAGUGGAGCGGCAAACACACAGAGACAUCUGGUGUGUGGGCCUGUGAAGACUCCUGGUUCUCACCUCACUGCUGCACAAUUUCUGCAGCUGAGAAGAGGUCAGAUGAAGGAGGCCUCAGAGAUGAAGUAUGGAGAUCAAGUAGAAGGUCAGACGUGGGAUGACAUCAUCCGGGUCAUGACCUCUGCCACUGUCAGAUUUGAGCUGCUGUCGACGGUCCACACCAGUCCCGUGACACUGGACGUCCAUCGGGAAGGGGGCGUGUCCACCAAAGGGCCGAGAGGAGGAGUGUUUGUGAUGUAUAACUGUGCCAGGCUGCACACUCUGUUCGACAGCUACGAGAGAGGAGUGGAGAAGGGUUCAUACCCUGAAAUCCCUGAAUGCUCCCAGCUAGACUUCUCUGCUCUGAAAGAAGAGGGCGAGUGGCUUCUCCUGUUCAAUUACCUCAUCACCUUCUCCGAGCUGCUGGACCAAUCAGGACAAGCAUUAGACUGUGAAGGGAGUGGAGCCAGAGUCAAUAUUAAGACCGAACAGAUCUGUAAAUUUCUGGUUUCUCUCAGUAAAGACUUCAGCUCAUACUACAACAGAGUCCAUGUGCUGGGGGAGCCGCUGCCUCAUCUCUUCAACCAGAUGUUUUGUCGUCUGCAUCUGUUGAGAGCGCUGAGAGAGCUCUAUCACAGUGCCCUGGAUACCCUUAACCUUCCCCCCAUCAGGCAACUAUAGCUUGUGCCAGUCCACUCACCCGUGAUCACUUGUUGGCCCGACUUACCCAACGAUCUAAUACUAUGUUUUGCAAUUGUAGCUCCAUUACGUGCACGUCGCCCUUUCCCCUCAUUUUGUCAAACUAUUUUGUGACUGGGAUCAGUUCCAAGGAGACUUCAAGAAGUUAAUGGUCCCACUCGAGAAAUAGUUGGCAAAGAAGCGAUGCUUUUCAAAUCUGCUCUAAUGCUUCCAAAAAAAACACAAAACUGAGCCAACUUUCUAAAUGUCCCUCAUUAUUAUCACUCAAUCCCCACGUUCUGUUGCUAAACAUCUCUCCUCUCUGAAACACAAACGUGUCUUAGUCACUGCCUGCAGAAAAUGUUUUUGCCUUGCUUAUCUGUGCCCUUUCAUGUAUGUUACCCACGUUGUAUUUUUCAAUGCCACACAAAUGUCAUUUUUUUUAAAAAGGAAAGAAAAGGGGUACAGAAUAUAUAUUCUGCUUAUGAGUCCUAAUUGCUGUAUUCAUAAGAUUAUUUAGAGCCCACCAAUCAGUUAUCUUACGUGACAAAUCACAAAUGUUCAGUAUCAACCAGCCAUGUGUCGGAUAUAACAGGUGUUCAUGAGUUGAUUACAAAAGCAGUAUAUUAGCAGCAUUAGGGCAUUGUGCCAUAACAUUAGGAAAUGCAUGAAAAUAAUAUAUUUUUAUUUAUAUAUAUAUAUAUAUGUGUGUAUAUACAUAUGUGUACAUAUAUGUAUGUGUGUAUAUAUAUACAGGACUGUCUCAGAAAAUUAGAAUAUUGUGAUAGUUCUUUAUUUUCUGUAAUGCAAUUAAAAAAACAAAAAUGUCAUGCAUUCUGGAUUCAUUACAAAUCAACUGAAAUAUUGCAAGCCUUUUAUUCUUUUAAUAUUGCUGAUUAUGGCUUACAGCUUAAGAAAACUCUAAAAUCCUAUCUCAUAAAAUUUGAAUAUUUCCUCAGACCAAGUAAAAAAAAAGAUUUAUAACAGCAAAACAAAAUCAAACAUUUGAAAAUGUGUUUCGAGUUAAUUAGACGAUUCAAGUGAUUUGUUUAAUACCCUACUAGUAUACUUUUUCAUGAUAUUCUAAUAUUUAGAGAUAGGAUAUUUGAGUUUUCUUAAGCUGUAAGCCAUAAUCAGCAAUAUUAAAAGAAUAAAAGGCUUGCAAUAUUUCAGUUGAUUUGUAAUGAAUCCAGAAUGCAUGACAUUUUUGUUUUUUUAAUUGCAUUACAGAAAAUAAAGAACUUUAUCACAAUAUUCUAAUUUUCUGAGACAGUCCUGUAUAUGUGUGUGUGUUUAUAUAUAUAUAUAUAUAUAUAUAUAUGAAGACUUUUAUGGCAAAAAAAUAUUAUUUAUACAUUUUAUAAAUGACAAAAUGGAUCCUUGAAAUGUGAAUUGUGUUCCCUUUUCAGCUACCUUCAGAAAUGUGCCAUAGCUUGUUUUAACUCUCCGCUACACAUUAUUGUGUAGGUUGGUGGGUUAUUUCGGUGAAUAUCUCAAACAAUUAACAUACACAAGUUUCAGAUCUAUUACUCACUUCGCACUAAAUGUUGCUUGUCCCUAUGGAAUUUUUGUAUGGGAUAUUAAGAAUAUCCUGAUUAUUUACAAUGGCUGUCAUGUUAACCACAGCUGUAAUUACCACAGCAUUAAAGCGUGAGCGAUGCAAAAUGAGGGACUUUUUAUUUUUGUCCUACCUUUAAAGUGUUCAUUGUCUCACUGUAUCUUUCAACAGAUGUACUGUACAGUAUAUAUAAUAUAGACUAUGUUCACUUUAGCCAUUGUUGUGUUUCUCUUGAUGUCUUAACCCCUAAGGCUUUACAGCGCUGACCUUAUCCUGUCUCAUCCUUUUCUGCCUCCUUUUCCACCCUUACUCCAAUCUCUGGCUCCCUUUAUCCUGUGCUGUAUGACGCACUCAUAUUCAGAGCUUAAACUGGCCUGUCCUAAUUUUACUCCCACUGGCUUUUGGAAGUUCAAGUAUUUUCCUCUCCGUUUUUUUCAAGAACACGAUGGAAUUCUCCACGUGAAGACGACUCAAAUGCUUUUAACAAUUGGAGUAAAAAUAAUGCCUUAUAAAUAAAUAAUUAAUCAUCCAAUAUAGCCUUGAGACAGAUGUCAGUUCAAGAUUCAAGAUUCAAGAUGUUUUAUUUGUCACAUACACACACAGGGUGUGCAGUGAAAUGAAAGUGGCAAUGCUCAGCAGGAAUGUGCAAGGGCAACAAGUACACACUAUUUACAAUAAAAAACACAAUAUUUACA